CCGUCUGCAGUGGUGGUCGCAGUCGGCCGAGUACACGGGCUCAACUGCGCUCUGACACACACGUGUGGGGCGACCGCGCUGUAGGACUUGCUACUCGAGCUGCAUAUCACUGGCGGUGUUUCCUCAGUGAGAUUCACUCCCAAACAAUAAACUGCACGUGCCCACGACAACAGGUUAUUAGCACCACACGAACAGUUGCUCACGAUCCAAACUACAGCCUGCGAGGUCUAUUUCUUCACAAUCACUUCAUUGUGCGGUUACCAGGUUCGAUUCGCGGUACCAUCGUCCACAAACCGCUAGGAAGUCCUCGCAGAAACAUUACUGUUGACUGCGCUUCAUAAUCGGAAAUGAAAGUAACAAUUAACAGUUCUCACAAAAUUACGGACGCUUAUUUUUAGUGAUAGGAACGGCAGAACCUGAAGCAAAGACCAAGAUAGUUUCUUCUUGCUACAAAGGGUGAACCAGGAAGCUCAUUUGAGAACUUCACCUUUUCCCGUCAGCCAUAUCGUCAAAUGCAAUAGUGUUUACUGACUCUCGUGGUUCGUAGACUGAAGCCGGAAACUUUUGCAUUGACGGCUUGAGUGAAAGUAAACGCGAAAGUUUCAGCACCGUAAUUUCCGUAAAUCUCACGAACAGUCUCAAAACAGUCUUCAACAUUCCCUAACAGGUAGCAAACAUUUCUGUUCGACAUGAGUAUACAACUGUGCUCAGUGGAGAUCGUUAUGUCUGUAAGUAACUAACUGACCGGACGAAUGCGGAAAGCAGCUAGUAUUUUUACGGGAUUAUAGUGUGUUCUGAUUACACAUGAGACAAAGAUGGCUUCAUAGAUAGCUUUAUAGGAUACUGAAAUUGAAGGUAAGCUGUAUACCGAACUUGACGAUAAUACCUCAAGAAAUGUAAUGUUACCAGUGCUUACGUUGCAUCAGCGUCAAGUUGUAACACAAUCUGAGACAACAGGAACAAAUGCUUUUUGACUGUAUAUUGGUAUUAAAAAACAGUCUGUAAUACUUCGGGUAAUACACGUAAUUUUGUGUAAAGAUAAAUGAGUGAAUAAAAGCUGCAAUACAACAAACACAAAUUUUGAUUCCGUUGAGGGUGUGGUCCAGACCGUAUUGGCAUAUUAGUAGGUGCUUGGUAUAAAAAGGAUACGAGAAACUGUGCAGGCACUAAAUUCUCAGAACAAGUAGCUAAUCUCAUGUAGCCACUGGUACUUGUCACAACAGACAGUCAGAAUUUCCCGUGGUUUUGAAUUACGUUUGAAGUUUGCUGCUACAUGUACGUCCCACCAUGAAAGUCGCCACUACGAGACGCGAUAAAAUAGUGUGGUAACUAUAAAAUACACACUUUAAGAUAUAGGACCACUAACAGGCCACUGUUCAGAGUUCAGCUCGUGAAUACGUCGUCCGUUGUUGGAUAUUUCAAAGAGUGUGACGACCGUCUGGAUCCUCCAGCAUCUCAGUCGAGCAGCAGCCAGCGCUUCCAGCCUCCAGAGGUUGUCCAGCAGUUGUGACCGCGAUGCCUCUACCCAGUGGCAUGGCGCUGGCCUCGGCCGUGACUUUUGCGGCCAACUUCCUCAUCUACAAUGCCAUCGACUACACUCCGGUGGAGAAGGGCUACGUCACGGUGCAGACGGAGUCCGGGACUCUGCGCGGAGCCGUGCGGGACACGAUGGCGGGCACCCGCUACUACAGCUUCCGGGGAAUCCCCUACGCCGAGCCGCCGCUGGGGGACCUCCGCUUCCAGGCGCCAGUGCCCAAGUCCCCGUGGAAGGGCGUCCGGAAGGCGCUGUUCUUCGGCAGCAUGUGCCCCCAGCGAAAGGGCUCCAUCCCCUUGGGCCACGAGGACUGCCUCUACCUCAACGUCUACACGCCGCAGCUGCCAACGCUGGGUCCGUCGCCGCAGCUACCUGUGAUGGUGUUCCUCCACGGCGGAUGCUUCAGCGUGGGCGGCUCCAACUUCUACGGCCCUCCCAACUUUGUGGAGCACGGCGUCAUCCUCGUCACCAUCAACUACCGCCUCGGCAUUCUCGGGUUCCUGAGCACGGGUGACGAGGUAGUGCCCGGCAACGCGGGUCUCAAGGACAUGGUGGCGGCCCUGCGCUGGGUGCGCCACAACAUCGCAGCUUUCGGCGGAGACCCAGAAAAUGUGACCGUAUUCGGCCAGAGCGCGGGAGCCAUUGCUGCCAACAUGCUUAUGUAUUCGCCACUAGCUGCUGGGCUAUUCCGGCGCGUGAUCGCGCAGAGCGGCGCCGCGUCCAUCGCCACGGGCAGCGCUCGCAACAUGUCGGACCGCAGCCGGCGGCUGGCGGAGGCGCUGGGCUACCGCGAGCAGGGAGGCGGCUCGCGGGAGAUGCUGCGCUUCCUGCGGGCGCUCAGCGCCAAGGCGCUCACCAGCAACGAGACCGCCGCGCUCUCGACAGAGGACGCAGGCCGCGUCUUCACGUGCGCCUUCACACCAGCCAUAGAGCCCGACGUGGAGGGCGCCUUCCUCACCGACUCUCCCGCCGUCCUGCAGGAGCGCGGCAACUUCUCGCAGGUGCCGCUCCUAAUCGGCUCCACCAGUGUUGAGUGCCUCUUCAUCACACGCGUGAUGUCGCUGCCGUGGACGCUGCUGGGGGCGACGAGCGGCCAGCUGUCGACCGGCCGCGCCCUGGCGGACCUGAGCGCGCACUUCGCGGACCGCGUGGGGCCCGACAUCCCGCUGCACACCCCCGAGCAGCGCGCAGCCGCCGCCAGGGAAGUGCGGCGCUUCUACUACGGCUCCACCAGCCGGGACAUCACGGCCGCCGACUCUGUCGCCACGGCCAACAUGUUUUCAGACCUGCUGUUCAAUUCUGGAAUAGAUAAAACUGUGAGGAUGGUGUCCCAGAAGUCUGCAGAACCUGUGUUCUACUACCAAUUCUCCUUCAGCAACAUUCUCAACACAGUGAGGGGGUUUUCAGGGGCUUCACAUGCAGAUGAUCUACCAUACCUAUUCUUCUCUUGGGCUCUGCCACAUGGAUCUAAUGGGGCAGUAACUGGAGCAAGACUUGUAAAAAUGUGGACCAACUUUGCAAAGACUGGGCAUCCAACACCAGUAGAUGAUCCCUUGUUACCCGUGAACUGGACCAGCUAUACAUUUGAACUGCCAAUUUACUUGGAUAUUGGAUCAGAAAUGCAACUAAAAACUGGGCUCAAGGAAAAAGCUAUGGACUUCUGGCACAAUCUAGUACCAUGACAUGAAGUGUACUUUGAAGCCAUAAAUGAUAGUGUCAAUCACAAUGAAAUACGAACACCAAAUGGUUUCUUACUGCAGGCAUUAUUUCUAUGGACUAUAUAUCAAAGUUAACUUGUUUUAUUAAUUUGUGUCACAAAUCUGACUGUCAGUAUGAAACAAUUAGACAAAAUGAAAGAAUAACACAAAUCAGAAAAUACAAAGCUACAAACAUUCCAUGGCUAUCUCUUCUCCCUGUACGCUGGCAUGCAGUUUACAAUGUGAUGAUCGGAAAGAUGUGAAAAACAACUAAUGACAAGAUAUGUAGCACAGUUGUGUGUUUUCAUUCUUAGAUGCAGUAUUUUUCUACAGAGAUAAUUAGUGAAUAAGAAAACUUAUUCCACAGAAGAUUAUAAAUUCAAACCACAAACUUGUCUGCUGAAGAUACAUUGCUUGAUAACUCAACAUUCAGUAAGCAGCUCAAAUACAGUGGCUGGUAAUUUGAGAGAGAGCAGAAAAGGAGCCAUGAUUAUCUUUUAACAGAAAUGAUCAAUUUUAAUGAACAAUUUAUUUAAUGAACAUAUUCUGUUAUAAAUUACAGAGCAUUAAUUUUUACUGAUUCACACAUAUGGAG